UUUCCACCGGUCUUAUUUCUUGGAAUGCAGGAAGACUCGUCCUUGAAGACCGUGUUUGGAAACUGGGAGCUUUUGGCUAAGGUUCUGAAGGCUGCACUACGCGGUGUCACUUCACUUCAUCAAGAGACGACCGGCGGACCAAAGACAAAUGCACGCAAGUGGAACUUCGAACAGGUCACACCAGGGUCCAUUGCAUGGGCCGCCGUCAUUGUAAUCAUUCUGUUGUCACCUGACACCGAAUUUCAGAAGUCUGGCUUAGGAAAGUCAUCCGGUAUCAACUACAAGGAUCUAUUCUACCACUAUAAGAAGCUCUUGCUCACAAAGUGGGAUAGCCGUCGCAUCCAGACUAUCGUUCAAAACAUCAACCAAGAAGUUUUCAGCUCCGCAAAGUCUUCUGCCUCUGGCCUGGCUGGUCAGGAAGAUCACUCCAGCGAAAUCAUUCGUGCCAUGAACGCACUUGAUAUGGACAGUGAUAGUGAAUCAGAUGUA